ACAUUUUUGUUUGUGUAUUCAAAAGUGAUUCUUACCGUUCGUAAUGAACCCCACACAACUUCCGGAAAUUGAUACCGUAGUUGCUGAUCUCAAAAGAAAAAGAAGUGAUGACAUUUUGCCCACUUCGAAUGGACUGAAAUCGACAACAUACGCGAUGAAUGGGACAAAAAGUGGAAAGGUGCUUAUAUUUAAUCAAGUUGAAUGUGCCGGUGAAUCUCCACGACGUGGCUCUGAUGAAGAUGUCAAAAAACUAUUUGAAACAUUGCCAAAGCUGGGAUUCCUACAGCGUGAUAUCAAAGAGUGUAAAAAUUACACCAAGGAUCAAAUUUAUGAGGAAGUGUCAAAGUUGGAUGAUGAUAAAGAGCUUUACGAUGCAGACUGUCUUAUGGUUGUGAUUUUAACUCACGGAAGACAAGGCGAUGCUUUGAUGGCAAGCGAUCAGUUAUAUCAUUUGUACGAUCUCAUCGACCAAUUUACUCCAUUGGCUCUUCCGUCAAUGGCAGGAAAGCCUAAGAUAUUCAUCGUACAGGCAUGUCGUGGGGACAGGGAAGAUUCGGGUGUCAACCUAUAUGUCGUAAACAAUCAUGGCUUAAGUUGUACACAAGAGGACAAUUUGGGUUCACAAACGCACACAUUUACCUAUCCAGAGUAUGCCGAUUUGCUUAUAAUGAUGAGUUCACAUUAUGAUCAUGUCUCUUAUAGAUCCACUGUUCGAGGAAGCUGGUUCAUUCAACAUUUGUGCAGUGUUAUUUAGAAAUGUGACCGCAAAAUGCACUCCAUUUUCGACAUUGUAAUAAAAACCAAUAACGCCGUGUCAAAACAAGGACAGUGUGGUCCGCAGAAAAUCUCUAGCUUUUACUCGACUUUAACUCGGCAAAUGUUUUUCGAUGUUCAAAAUUAAGAGUAUUGAGGCAUGAACUACUA